AUGCAACAACAAUUCCCGUCGUUCAUUGUCGACGCGUUCACCACCGAACGAUUCGCCGGCAAUCCGGCGGCGGUUUGUUUGAUUCCGCAGGUGCUCGCCGACGUCGACUAUCAAAAAAUUGCCGCCGAAUUCAAUUUGUCGGAGACGGCGUUUCCGGUGCCCAUCGGAUUCACCGAUUAUAAAACAUGCUCUCAAUUCAAUCUUCGUUGGUUCACACCGAAAACCGAGGUGCCGCUUUGCGGUCACGCCACACUAGCAACGUCGCAUGUGAUUUUUAACGAAAUCGGCAAUAUAAACGACGAGAUCAAAUUCAACACGAAAUCCGGUGUUUUGGUGGUCCGCAAAUCGGGAAAUGGUCCCGCACUUGAGAUGAACUUCCCGCAAUAUGAAUUGACGUCGGUGAAAUUCUCGCACGCUGAAAAUCAGUUGCGCGGAAUUCUGUCGGAGUUCCAUGCUCCUCCAUACCUAUGCGAUAUCGUGAAAUGCGUUUUUCCCGCCGAGACAAUCGUUGAAAGUGUGGCCUACUCAGCGCUGGCGAAAAAGCUUCUAAUCGUUAUUGAUCCGAACACAACGAAAUUCGAGUUGGAAGCGAUCAAAAUCGAUUCAGCUCGAAUGCUUCAACUUCACGACGGCUCGUUUGUUCGCGGAAUCGCCAUCACUGUCAAACCGACGUCAGCAAUUAAUCAGGGCUUCACCAAUUCAUUGAACGAGCCUUACGAUUACGCGUGCCGCUAUUUCGCACCAUGGGUCGGAAUCGAAGAGGACCCGGCGACGGGCUCGGCGCAAUGCGCGCUCGCUCCCCUCUGGGCGGCCAUCACAAAAUCCAACAAGUUAUACGCGUUCCAAUCGUACCCAGGUCGUGGCGCCGAAUUCCAUUUGAGUCUCAUCGACGAUCGCGUCAACAUUGUCGGCACCUCAGUGACCGUAAUGAGCGGCCAAAUCACACUAAACGAUCCGAAAUUUUAUUGA